AUGACUGAAACAAACUCAAACACAAAUCUUAACCCCUACAAAGAUCCUCUUUUUAUUGCUGUAAAUGAGAAUGCAACAACAUCUUUGGGAAGCAUACUUCUUGAUGGAAACAACUUCAUGAACUGGAGCAGAAGCAUUAGAAUUGCUCUUGGUGCAAAGAACAAGCUUGUAUUCCUUAAAGGAAAGCAUCCAAAGCCCACUGAAGGAGCAGAUGAAAUGCAGAAAUGGACUAGGUAUGACUAUAUGGUGAGAUCUUGGUUACUAGACACGAUGAAGCCUGAAAUUGCAAGUAGCUUGGUGAUUAUGCCAUCCACCAAAAGACUUCGGGAAGAGAUAGUUGAGAGGUAUGGACAGACAAGUGCACCUCAACUAUUUCAACCGAAGAAAGAUCUAUGGUUCGUUGAACAAAAUAAUAUGAGUGUGAGUGAAUAUUAUUGCAAGUUGAAGGAUCUUUGGAUUGCACAAUAUUUGUCAAAAUCCGACUACAUGCUGCCAAGUGUUGUAUUAUAA